GCUGAUAUAUACCAACUACAUAUAUAUAAACAUAAAUAUAUAUACCACAUAUAUAUUCACCAACACAAGCGCAUCAAUGAAGCGUCAAUAGAAAUUAAAAAUUACAAUACAAACAAAUAUAGCCGUCCCGUCACCUCUACCACCACACGCCCCACCGUCGACGCCACCAGGCUGAGCCUAUCCACCACACCGUUACCACUUACUCUGUCCACAUACACACCCUUCUCGAAGCGUUCACAUCAGACCGCUGACGAACAUGAUGAGCCACAAUUGUCUUUUGUCUCGUUGAAUCUCAACCAUGAUCUGGACAGCGGCGAAGAGGAGGCCAAGAAUGAUGAACAUGAACAUGAACACGACGAACACGAUGAGCAUGAACAUGAACAUGACGCAUUCGACGCUGACGAUGAGGAGGUCGAUGCUGGCGAUGAUAAGAAGCGUACACUGCCCGUCUACGAGGGUAACAACAAUGAUUUGCAUAUCGCCAGUAAAGAGUCAGCCGAACAACAACUCACACAUGACGUAGCUCAGUUGCCGGAUGCAGUCGAUGAUGAUGAUGAGGAGACCGCCAACGAUGAGAACAAUGCAUCUGCUUCACAUGAGGAUGGCGCCGAGGAGACUGCUGACAGUAAAAUCAAUACGGUUGGUGAGGAUCAAUUGAAGACACUGCCAGUGCCGGCUAUUGCAGCGCCUGCCGAAGUGCCCACCGUUGAAGUGCGUCUCAAGCAAAUUUCGCAGGAAAUUGAAAAGAUGGCUGCCGCCAGCAAUGAAAACCAACGUCAUAACCUGCCAACAGCUGGUCUGCUACAUCAUGAGAAUAAUAAUAAUGAUGUUGAUCGGCAAUCAUUUCUCUCACUCACCGAUUUGAUACGUACAUUGCGUCCGAAUAAUAAACAAAUUAUACCACAAAUAGAUUCGGAUUAUUCGAAUGCUAUGCGUGUGCUGGGCGAGACCUCAGAGGUGGUUAACAAUGAGGAAGCGCAUAAGUUUUAAGGCAAGGAUCAGAGCAAGAGAAAGCGAUUGAGAAGUAGAGAGAGAAAGAGAGCGAGAGAGAGGGGGAGAAAGUGAGGAAAACCGUUAUAAAGAGGCAGAAAGAUAGAGAGAGAGGGAAUUAUGGCGCAUGUUUGGAGUGGAAACCGCAGAGAAAGAGCGUGGUAAAGAGUUAACUAGCGCAGACGUUUAGUUUAGAACGGCAACGAAUGGAUUGAGUGUGAGAAGAUGCUCGCUUGGUUUUAACACAUGCCGAGUUGCUUACGAAAAGCGUGUGUAGGCAGACAAAUUACAUAUCACACAUUACCACUUACAUACUUACAUACUAUAAUUAUUAACAGAUCUGACGAUCUCGAAUUUAUUUUUUAGACAGUAAAAAGCGUAAAAAGUAUACACAACCACACCAUUGCACUUCUAAGUACGACCCAAACCCCAGUGAGAUGAGAGAAAGAGAGUAAACUCUAUUUAAGUAACUAUUGAUCUUUAAAAAAUAAAAAAACAUUAAAUCCUAUUUUUAGUAUUUUUUAUAACAAGAAAAUGUGCUUAAAAACUUGUAUUAAAAAUUAAAAUUAUUUUGUAGCCCGAAAGUAUUAGAAAUAUAUUGUACGUCUCGGUCUUUACAGUAGCGAAUGAGCACGAAAGUGGUCCAAAUACUACAAUAAGCACAGCGAAUACAACUGGAGACCGUUAAAAUACACUGAGUGCACUCAGUACUCAUAGAACUAUAGCGAGUACCUAGCAAAAUCGGUAAACUUAAACGAACGAGUUGCGCACAAGAAUGCAACGAGUACUCGCUGCGUGUAUACUCGCUUUUAACGACCGAAACGUGCGAGUACUUUCAGCUGGUUUAAGUAUUUAAUAAAAAAAAGUAAAAACAUAUUAUAUAUAAUAUUAUUUUAUGUAUUAAAUAAAA